GGCCCCACAUGGCAGCCGACGUCCAACAAUUCGUCACCUCGUGUGCUACUUGUCAGCGGAUGAAGAGCAGCAAGCAGAAAAAAGCAGGACUGCUACAGCCUCUUCCUUUCCCAGAAAAGCCAUGGCAAGUGGUUAGCCUGGAUUUCAUAACCAGGUUACCAACUACCACUAGCGGUCAUGACGCAAUCCUCGUCGUCAUCGACAAAUUCUCCAAAAUGGGACACUUCAUCCCGACACACACGACAGUACACACCGAAGAAACAGCACAACUAUUCAUUCACUACAUCAUCUCACAACAUGGCAUUCCAACCACACUCAUCUCCGACCGAGACCCCAAGUUCACCAGCAAGUUUUGGAAGGAACUAAUGUUUCUGCUCGGGACCAAACUCGCCAUGUCAUCCGCCUACCAUCUGCAGACAGAUGGACAGACCGAGCGCCUCAACCAAAUUGUAGAGCAACUCCUCCGCGCAGCAUGCAAAGACGAAAUCUCUAAAUGGGACUUACAUCUGCCCGUCCUGGAGUUUGCCUACAACAAUGCCACUCACGCCGCUACCGGACAGACGCCGUUCUUCCUCUGCUACGAACGCCACCCGCUCACGCCACAAAAACCGACAGCAUCAGCUACAAUUCAACCCGCACACGACUUCAUCACAACCAUGCAUCAGCUUUGGGAUCGGACCCACAAGCGCCUUCUCGACAUUCAGCAGCAACAGAAGCGUCAGGCCGAUCGCCACCGCACUGACCACACCAUCACCGUGGGAGACCAAGUUCUCCUCAACAUCCGCCAUAUCAACAUCAGUCAUCUCCCAUCCAAACUGCGACCUCGCUUCUGCGGGCCCUUUCUCGUUGAAGCACGGCUUUGAGGGGGGGAAGUGUGAGAGUACGACCC